GACACACACAUUAACUUUACAACUACCUGGGUACACUACAGUUUUCAGGACCCUUUGACGCGGUGACUUGUUCAUCCAAGCAACUCGGCCUAUUCGUUGAUGGAAUAAGUUUAUAUUGGAAUGCUGGAAAACUAUUCGUGCCUUGUAAGUGAGUGUAGAUUGACCUAGCGCGCAGUAGUUUUGGAUAUCAUGGCCGUUGAUCAGACUGUUGUAUACAUUUCAGAACAGAUAGUUAUUUUGAUUUCGUGUGCCCUGUCUUUUUUGGGCUCUUUACUUAUUAUCUUUACGUACAUCAUUUGGCCAGAUUUGAGAACAACGCCGAGAACACUUCUGGUCUUCUUGUCCGUGGCUGACUUGUUGUCUGCGGGCUCGUACGCAUACGGAGUUUGGAGUGUCUUUGAAUCAAACUCUGUGGAUUGCGUCGUUCAAGGAGCGAUAUCUACUUUCGCCAACACGAGUUCGUUUUUCUGGACUGUCGCUAUCGCUAUAUAUCUGUACAUUUUAAUCGUCAAGUCGAAUCAAAGACAAGCUGACAGCUUCGUGUUAUGUUUUCACGUUAUCAGCUGGGGCAUCCCUCUAGGUAUCACAGUAGCAGCUCUGGCUCUGGGCCAUAUUGGCUACGAUGCAUCGGAAGUGUCUGUGGGCUGGUGCUGGGUGAGGAUCCAGGCUCCAGACCAUGUCCUGUGGAUGCUGCUCACUGGGAAGAUAUGGGAGUUCCUGGCCUAUCUCACCCUCCCAGUCCUCUACGUCCUCAUCAAGAAGCACAUCCACAGAGCGCAUGCUGCUCUGUCUGAGUACCGGCCCAUCCUGGCCUGCAGUCCUCUGUCCCAGUCCCUUUCCAAUAUGGCCGACAGGAAGUUGACCCUUAUCCCCAUCAUCUUCAUCGCCCUGCGUAUCUGGAGCACCGUGCGUUUCCUGCUGAUGCUGGCCGACUCGCCAGCCAGGCAGAACCCUGUGCUCGUCACGCUACAUGGCAUUGGGAACACCUUCCAGGGAGCUGCAAACUGUAUCAUGUUUGUCCUGUUCACUCAGCCAAUCCGCUCCCGUCUCUCCACCAUGCUCUGCUGCUGCUCCUGCAGGGUCAGGUCUGGGGCCUCCCUCAUACCCUCCAACACACCCAACCACAGUGGUUUGGGCCUGGAUGUGGAGACGCCCUCACAACCAGAGGACACCCCGAAUACCAGCUCUCGUGGCUGGCCGGACGGCUGCUGACCCUGGAUCUGAAUGGCUAGACGGAGCACGCUCCUACCCUGGCUGGCUUUCUGAGACACUUUUCACACUACUGAGCCGAGCUGUACUUUGCUGGCCACAUCCUCUGCUAUAGAUGCCUGGUGCUGUGUGAAAGCAGAGCAUCAGAUCUAGCACCGACGUUGAGUUGGGGGGGUUGGAAACAAACUUCCGUACUGCAGUCCACUCAUUAAUGCAAGUGUGAUGAGGACAAUCAAAGCAUUUAAGCAUGUCGUUUUUGUUGGAAGAGAUUACUUGCUGUGCUCAGUCACUAGCAUUGGACCAUCCAUAAGGGUGAACGCCAAGGUCAUUCUCGCGGUGAAGUUGUACAUAGGGGCUCUGUUCAAAAGUUGUGCACUAUAUAGGGAAUAGGGUGCCAUUUGGGAAACACAUGUGGAUUUAUUUUUAACGGAUUUCCCCCCAAGGCAACAUUUGAUGUUGUUCUAACAUAUUGGUGUCUUCCUAAUCUUGUAUUAGAGAAACAGACAGUGCAAUUUAAUAUUGUUAUUUUUAUACCAGGUUAUCGUUGAGUUUAUAGCAUUGUUUAACAAUGUACUUUUGUAUAUCAUCUAUACUGUUUUUGUAAAUGGCACCAUAUCAUUACUACCAAUGACGUUUACAAAAGCCCACAACCUACUGAAAGCUGGCGUCGAAUUUGUCUGUACGAAGACUCUAUGUUCUGAAAAUGGCUCUCGCUCAACAUAGUAUAUUGGUAUAGAGGAAGGUAAAGUUGUGCCUUAUCAAUAGCGAUCUACUUUGCCUUCUUCUAUUUUUGCUUUUUUAACUGACGUUUUUGAAAUGUAAAUCAUAAUAAAGACUAAUAAAUCCACUGAAGACUGAU